AUGGCGGGGCCGGUGCUCGCCGCCGCGCUGCUGGCUCUGCUGCUCCCCGCCGGGGCGAGCAACCCCGGGGCCGCCGGUUGCGACGUGGCCCCGAGCGACCGCUUCGACUGCGGCCCCGAGCGGCUGCUGUCGCGGGAGGGCUGCGAGGAGCGGGGCUGCUGCUACGCCCCCCUGCGGGAUCCGGCCCGGCAACGCUACGAGGUGCCCCUGGCCACGCCGCGGGUGAGCGGCCGUGCCACCUCCCCGCUCUACGAGCUGUGGGUCAACCAGGAGCCCUUCGGCCUCGUCGUGUCCCGGCAGUGCGGGGGGAAGGUCCUGCUGAACACCACCGUGGCACCCCUCUUCUUCGCAGACCAGUUCCUGCAGAUCUCCACCUCCUUGCCCUCCCGUUUCAUUUCUGGGCUGGGGGAGCACCUGACGCCGCUGGUCCUUGACACGGCAUGGACCAGGGUCACCCUCUGGAACCGGGACAUGGCGCCCGUGCCCCAGGUCAACCUCUACGGCUCCCACCCUUUCUACCUGGUGAUGGAGGACGACGGUUCCUCCCACGGUGUCUUUCUGCUGAACAGCAACGCCAUGGAUGUGCUCCUGCAGCCCAGCCCGGCCCUGACCUGGCGCACGACGGGUGGGAUCCUGGACUUCUACAUCUUCCUGGGCCCUGACCCCAAGAGCGUGGUGCGGCAGUACCUGGAUGUCGUCGGUUUCCCCUUCAUGCCCCCGUACUGGGGCCUGGGCUUCCACCUCUGCCGCUGGGGCUACUCCUCCACCGACAUCACCCGGCAAGUUGUGGACAACAUGACGGCAGCCCGCUUCCCUCUGGACGUGCAGUGGAACGACCUGGAUUACGCGGAUGCCAAGAGGGAUUUCACCUUCAACAAGAAAAGCUUUAAGGACUACCCGGAGAUGGUGCAGGAAUUCCACCGCCGCGGCCUGAGGUACAUCAUGAUCGUGGAUCCUGGGAUCAGCAGCUCGGGGCCUCCCGGCACCUACAAGCCCUUUGACGAGGGACUGAAGCGAGGGGUCUUCAUCCGAAAUGCCACGGGGCAGCCCCUGAUUGGGAAGGUCUGGCCGGGCCCCACAGCCUUCCCGGACUUUACCAACCCAGAGACUCACGAGUGGUGGUACGACAUGGUGAAGGACUUCCACGACCAAGUGCCCUUCGAUGGCAUGUGGAUUGACAUGAACGAGCCGUCAAACUUCGUGGAGGGCUCCCAGGAUGGCUGCCCCAACAACAACCUGGAGCAUCCACCCUACGUGCCAGGUGUGUUUGGGGGACGGCUCCAAGCGGGGACCAUCUGUGCCUCCAGCCAGCAGUACCUGUCCUCCCACUACAACCUGCACAGCCUGUACGGGCUGACCGAGGCCAUUGCCACCCACAACGCGCUGCUGAGGGUGCGGGGCAAGCGCCCCUUCGUCAUCUCACGCUCCACCUUCGCUGGGCACGGGCGCUACGCCGGGCACUGGACGGGGGACGUCGGCAGCGACUGGGAGCAGCUCUAUUACUCCGUGCCAGAGGUGCUGCUCUUCAACCUCUUUGGGGUGCCCCUGGUGGGUGCUGACAUCUGUGGCUUCGCGGGUGACACGUCCGAGGAGCUGUGCGUGCGCUGGACCCAGCUGGGUGCUUUCUACCCCUUCAUGAGGAACCACAACGACCACGGCGCCCGGCCACAGGAGCCGUUCGCCUUCAGCCCAGCUGCCCAGGCUGCCAUGAGGAACGCCCUCCGCCUCCGCUACUCCCUCCUGCCCUUCCUCUACACCCUCUUCCACCGGGCCCACUCCGCCGGGGAGACGGUGGCACGACCCCUCUUCCUUGAGUUCCCCAAGGACCCCAACACCUGGGCCGUGGACCGCCAGCUCCUGUGGGGUGGGGGGCUGCUGGUCACCCCCGUGCUGGAGGCUGGGAAGACCAAAGUCAGCGGCUACUUCCCAGCGGGGACGUGGUACAGCCUGGUGGGGGACUCCACCAUCCACAGCAAAGGGCAGUGGAUCCUCUUGCCAGCUCCCUUGGACACCAUUAACGUCCACGUCCGUGCAGGACACAUCCUGCCCCUGCAGGAACCCGCCUUCAGCACGACCAAGUCCCGCAGGAAGGGGAUGGCCUUGGUCGUGGCGCUGACGCCCGAUGGCUUCGCCAGGGGAGAGCUCUUCUGGGACGACGGGGAGAGCUGGGAGACCUUUGAGAAGGGGGACUACACCGAGAUCCUCUUCCUGGCCACACAGGGUGCUGUGCUCAGCCAGCUCCUGCGGGCGAGCGCCCAUCUCGACGGGGUCCUGCUGGAGGCUGUGACCGUGCUGGGUGUCACCAGCCCUCCCCGGCAAGUCCUGGCCAACGGUGCCCUCGUGGGGGACUUCUCCUACCGCAGCGACACCCAGGUGCUGCGAGUCCCCGUGUCACUGCCGAUGUGGGAGCAGUUUGUGAUCGCUUGGUCCUGAGCUCACACCGGGCCCAUGGCAGGGGGAGAUGCUGGUCCCUGCAGCUCGGGGGCCAAACCCCCCCUUGUCCUCCAUAAAACUCGAGCUGCUGCUGCUCUGCCCACCCACCCACCCACCGUGGCUCCUGGGCUUUGGCUGCCCUUGGGGCCAAUGUGGGCUCCCCGGAGAUGGGUGCGCUGGACUUGGAUGGUGGGGGGGGCUUGCACAACCCUGGGGAUGGAGAAACCCUUAUCUCCCUCAAAACAGAGAACCCUCAUCUCCUCCAAAACAGAGAUAAAAUCACACAAGUGCCUUGUGAGACAGCAAACCUGUCACCACGCGGAACUGGUAACCUGAGGGAUGGCGGGGAAUCUCCCAGCUGGCUUUUUUUUGGGGAGAGAAGGAUCUGUGCAGGGGUCGAGGGAGCAGUGCUGUGAAUAAAGGUGGUGUUUGCUGGGA